AUGAACUUAAAAGAAUAAGAAUCUAUAAAUGAUUUUUUUAAAGAUGACACUAAAUUCAUAGGAGAAUAUAAUUUGCCUGAUUAUAAAGUGCUCAGAGGAUAUAUACCAGGGUUUGGAUAAGAUCUUAGACUUUAUUAUACAAAAUUUGAUCCUCCUAAUAAAAAAGCAUCAAUUUGUAUAAUACAUGGAUUUGGAGAACAUUAAGGAAGAUUUUUACAUGUAUAAAUAAUAAUUUGAAUAGGUGGCUGACUUCUUUGCAAAAAUGAAUUUCGUAGUCCAUUUAAUCGAUUUAAGAGGUUUUGGAUUUUCAGGUGGACCUAGAGGAUCAUAAGUAAUUACAGAUCUUUAGAUGGAUGUGGAGGUUCUCAUUAGAUAAGCAUCAAAAGAUUUACCAUUAUUUUUAUAUGGACAUGCCAUGGGUGCACUUGUUAUAAUAAGUUUAUUGAUUGGGAAUGCAAAAUUAAAAAUUUCAGGUGUAAUAUGUACUGCUCCAACACUUGGAUUUCCUUUAAAUAGAAAUAUUGGCCCAAUUAAACAAUUUUUAAUAAAGAACUUUGGGCACUAUUUAGAAGUAUUUUUAUUCUUAAUUAUUUUUAAGGAUUUAGUUAUAAAUACAAAUGUUAACCCAACAAGUAUGAGUAAGAAUAAUUAACAUAUUUAAAGAAUUUUUGAGGAUAGAUUAGUAAUGCCAUUUUUAGGAGUAGGAAUGGCAAGAAGCAUUUAUAAAACAUUGCCUUUUAUUUUUUAAAAUUCUGAGUUAUUUUAAUUUCCUUUAAUAAUAUUUCAUGGAAAAUAGGAUACACAAAGUAAUUAUGAAGAUAGCAUUUAAUUUUUUAAAUAAGUUGGAAGCAAGGAUAAAACAAUAAAAUUAUUUGAAGAAGGAUAUCAUGAAUUAUAACAUGAUGAAGAAUUUUAGAGUAUAAAAUUAUAAUUGAAUGAAUGGAUAAAGAUGAAAUUGGAAAAUAGUGUACCUUUUGGUAUUUUAUUAAUUAACAUAAAGGAAUAUUAUCAUAACCAAGAUUAUAGAUUGGGAUACCUAUAAAAAAGAAUAGAAAAAAGUUAUUCAUUUUUUUGAUGUUUUUGUUUUUCAUUUAUUUUUGGAUUGUGUUUAUUAAGAAAGGUAAGUUUAAGAAGAUUUAGUAUCCAUUAGUACCAAUACUGAUUUUGUAUAACAAAUUCAUUAAAAAAUAAUUAAAAUGAAAAUUAAUAUUAUUUAUAUAAAUGGAUUGACCAUGAGUUGAGUCCUUUCAAUAUAAACAAAUUAGUAAGACGGAAAUAUAAAUAGAGUGCUCUUUGAAUCUGAAUAUGAUANAUCCUCCUAAUAAAAAAGCAUCAAUUUGUAUAAUACAUGGAUUUGGAGAACAUUAAGGAAGAUUUUUACAUGUAUAAAUAAUAAUUUGAAUAGGUGGCUGACUUCUUUGCAAAAAUGAAUUUCGUAGUCCAUUUAAUCGAUUUAAGAGGUUUUGGAUUUUCAGGUGGACCUAGAGGAUCAUAAGUAAUUACAGAUCUUUAGAUGGAUGUGGAGGUUCUCAUUAGAUAAGCAUCAAAAGAUUUACCAUUAUUUUUAUAUGGACAUGCCAUGGGUGCACUUGUUAUAAUAAGUUUAUUGAUUGGGAAUGCAAAAUUAAAAAUUUCAGGUGUAAUAUGUACUGCUCCAACACUUGGAUUUCCUUUAAAUAGAAAUAUUGGCCCAAUUAAACAAUUUUUAAUAAAGAACUUUGGGCACUAUUUAGAAGUAUUUUUAUUCUUAAUUAUUUUUAAGGAUUUAGUUAUAAAUACAAAUGUUAACCCAACAAGUAUGAGUAAGAAUAAUUAACAUAUUUAAAGAAUUUUUGAGGAUAGAUUAGUAAUGCCAUUUUUAGGAGUAGGAAUGGCAAGAAGCAUUUAUAAAACAUUGCCUUUUAUUUUUUAAAAUUCUGAGUUAUUUUAAUUUCCUUUAAUAAUAUUUCAUGGAAAAUAGGAUACACAAAGUAAUUAUGAAGAUAGCAUUUAAUUUUUUAAAUAAGUUGGAAGCAAGGAUAAAACAAUAAAAUUAUUUGAAGAAGGAUAUCAUGAAUUAUAACAUGAUGAAGAAUUUUAGAGUAUAAAAUUAUAAUUGAAUGAAUGGAUAAAGAUGAAAUUGGAAAAUAGUGUACCUUUUGGUAUUUUAUUAAUUAACAUAAAGGAAUAUUAUCAUAACCAAGAUUAUAGAUUGGGAUACCUAUAAAAAAGAAUAGAAAAAAGUUAUUCAUUUUUUUGAUGUUUUUGUUUUUCAUUUAUUUUUGGAUUGUGUUUAUUAAGAAAGGUAAGUUUAAGAAGAUUUAGUAUCCAUUAGUACCAAUACUGAUUUUGUAUAACAAAUUCAUUAAAAAAUAAUUAAAAUGA